ACAAGUGUAUCGUACGUACAUGUACAGACAAACACUGUACGCACGAAGUAGGUAACGUCUCACCAUGGUCUCACAGUGAACUUCAAGAGUUCCAAUAUAUUCAAGCGUCACCUUGUCACCAUUUUUCAGCGAAGAAGGUCUGAUGUGGAAAGGUGGCUUACAGUAGACAGCCCAGAAGUUGAGACAGAUAUCACACUGUCCCACCCAAGUGACCUCUAGAAACGCACUCCAGGACUGGACACCUGAGGCUAUCAAAAGACCAAAAAAGCAACAAACUUUGCUGUCCAGCGGGAAUCACUCGGACUGGGAUUGAAGUGAAAGUUUGAGGACACCAUGGCCCGGUCUGAGCAACACCUGUCUCUGCUCAUCGUUCUUGUCCUUUCCAUGACAGCCAUUGCAGUCCAGGGUUCAAGAUGUCAGUUGCGAACCAGACCAGACAGCUGUUUGUGUUCGGGCACCGCCCUGACUUGCAGUGCCUGGCCAGUGUGGAAGAUGGUCUCAGAGAACACAACCUCCCUGACCGUAUCAGGGGUAACCACUCUGGAAGACCUUUCAAUGGCAUAUCAGCCGAGCCGAGCCCUCACCAAACUGACCACCUUGAUUCUGACCAAUGACAACAUCAGCAACAUCGAAGAGGGCUGGUUCUCUGGCACCAUCUUCCCUGCUUUGGAAGAAGUCAUCCUGGACCAGAACAAGCUCACCCCGAAUGCCACUCAGAAGAUGUUUGCCCAAGUUUCUGAAGAACUCCGUUUGUUGAGUCUUAGAGCAGCGUUCUUGAACAUUUCCAGUCCCGUGCAGAAUUUGAAGCAUGUCUUCAGUGAUGUGAAAGGAACAAAACUGGAGGCCCUGAGAUUGGAUAGUAACAACAUCGGACUACUCCCAUCUUUUCCCAAAGGAUCAAAGUUUCUAGCGCUCAGAAAUUUGACUCUACACAACAGUGAUUUAAUUGGUAUCCAAAAUGGCACUUUCCAGAAAAGGAUAUUCCCAAAUCUGCAGAACCUAGAUUUAAGCAACAACAAACUAGUCAACGUUGACAAAUUGGUCAUUGACAAUGACUUCAAUAGCUUUGCCAGCGAGCAGCCUUCCCUUAGUAUCCGUCUCGGUGGCAAUCCUUUCUUCUGCAACUGCAAGCUCAAGGCCUUCCAAGCUUGGUUAAACACGACCAACCUGGUUGCGGACAGGGACAACGUGACAUGCGGGGAUGCCGUGGAGACAUCCCGGCGCGGCCAGCCGGUGCUGGGGUCCCAGCUGCCGUGCCGGCCCGGGCCAGACGAGGUGGACGUGGAGAAUGAGCUGCGGCCCUCAUACAUCAUCCUGAGUGUCAUCCUGGCCCUGGUGGGGCUGCUGGCCCUGAUCGUGUUGUACCUGCGCCGCAACGACAUUAAGGACUACUUUGUUGGCGUUUACACGACUACCAAAGAGGCUUUUACCAGCCGACAUGGCUACGACGACAUCAACAGGGUACGGCGCGACACACCUGAGAUGACGCCUACAGAAGUUUGAUCAAGACACAGGAUCGAAACUGAACCAGGCAUUGCUACUUUUGGAGUCUUAAAAGUCUGGAUGAAAUCUAUGCAGAGGUUUGUACAUAGUUGCAUGUGAAACGGUCACAGUAUUUAGAAAGCCCAAGAAUGUUCCGGGAGGAAAAUGGCUUCAACACAUCAACUGUCCCUUUUGGAUUUCUUGUUUUCUUUGAGGGACAAGACUUUCUGCCGGUACAGAAAAGACUUUGGGGGGGGGGAACAGUCUUGAAAGGGUGAAGUAUUUUGCAUCCCUGUAAAUACUAAUUGGACACUCAGUCUAACCAAAAAAAUGCAUCGACUGCUAUCCAGUGGAAAGGAAUCUUUGUGGAAAGCAUCUUGUGGGGACAAAAUGGCAUCAAGUCACAACGUGUCAAGGCACUAGUGCCGUGAUAAGAUCGAGGCUGUAGGGACCCAAGUGCAGAUAGCGUAGCGAUAGCAUUUUCGGAACCUCUCUGUUCGUGGCUGCAAGUUUGAAUGACCCUUCAUGCACGUGUACCUGGGUACUUUUUCAAUUAAAAAAGGGAGCAGUCACAUGUAAGCGAACAUGUAUAUUUAAAGCUUUUCCUGUCCAGUAGUAUUACGGUGUUCAUUGUUCCAAAAUAAAUAUCAAGUCUAUCUUUACAUUUUCAGUAUUAUGUACAUGUUUGUGAAAAACAAGAAUCGGAAUAAGUGUGUGACCGAAAAAAGGGUAGGAAAUACAUGUACAUUUAGCUGAGCGGACAAGUUGGUGUGAUGUAGACAUUUUUUUAUAUCUAAAAAUCAAAAGAUUUUCCCUUUCAACAAAUUUCCUUUUGUACGAUUUUGUAAAGUGUUGUGAAACGUCUGUGCUUUGAGGCAAAGAGGAGCGGAUGGAGAAAUAAGUGUGUGCAGGAUGUCUGAUGUGUGACAGAAGACGGUGGUGUUUAAUGCCGAAAACACUGAUUUGCCUAGAACUCUAAUCUGCUGGCACCAAUUAAGACAAAUGUAGUGUAUUCACUAACUUAUUGAAUUUUUAAACUUUUAAACUCUAAAGCCAGCCGAGUCAAACAAAUGAACAGCAUUAGCUAUGAGUUGCUUGCUAGUCAAUUUGUCAGCCGAGUAUUAAUGGCAGAAAACAUUUUUCAGUUCCAUAGAGCCAAGGUUAGUACAUGUCCUGUAUUUGACUAGGGCACUGCACGUUACAACACAAUUCAGCGUUGCAUUUUGUUGAAAUCAGUAGGUUUUCUUAGUUGCACCUGACAGUGGCUACAUUGUAUAUGCAUUUUUCAUUAAAGAUUUUCAGUACGUUGGCACAUUUACCAUACCUGUAUUGUCAUGUAACGUUAAUUUGACCAGGGAUUUAUGUCACAUGAAAAGUAGGCGGUUUGUCAUAUCCAAAGUGUGUGCUUAAGGUAUGCACUGUGAAUGUUCCUUUCUUAUAACAGAGAGACUUUUAGAAGUGAGGACUGAGUUGUAAAUUUUUGUAAAGUAGGUUCACAGACUUUGACGUCUGAACUGUGAUGGGGCAUUUUAUGGCAGCGGCUGUUUCCAUUUUAAUUGAUGUUGGCAUCUGAUGUCCAUUUCCCGAGUGAGGACACUCUAUACCUCUACACCAUCUCGCCUGCCCAUCUCUAGAAACUUGUGUAAACAUGAGGCUUUCAGACUCCGCUAAAAAAUGCUGUGAGCCGGUGGAUGAAUCCACAUCUCAUCAGCCAAAAUUCCACAGGCUAUAGAUUUGAUCUACACACAUGUAAUGCAUGUAUGGGCACCCUGUCAGAGUAAGCUGAUCCUCAUCGGAACCGGAAGCAGUGCUCGCUAGCAGCACAUUAAAAAAACUCCUCUGUGCGUUCCACUGAUCGCCAGUCACCUUCCUUUUUUUACAGUGAUGCGCUGUCAUAUCGAUCAAACGUGGAAUUGAGAAAAUGGCGCAGCAACGUUAUACCUACGUCAUCUAGGUUGGACUUGCUUGUAAAGUCUUGCCGGGAAAACAUUGUCCAUUUCCCUAAAGGUACACCCUAUGUUGUGGGACACAGUGGUGGAGGAAUCUUUCCCAAAGGUCUUAAGGAUUUUAAACAUAUGCAAUAAUGUAUUUAUAGUACUUAAUAGCUUUUUAGUGUCUAAUGCGCUGCGAUAUAUGUAUUUAUUCAAUUGAACUCAAAAUAAUGUAUUCUCAUACGUUUUGAUGAAACAACAGCGAGGCAUGAAACGCUGAUUAUGGAAUAUGGACCCUCUGAGAGUUUUGGGCAUGACUUAACGCACACGACAGUGACAAGUGCCAGGGUUAUAGGAGGGAAGGGCUCAAUGUAAGAAAAAGGUGACUGGAUUUCAAAGGGGUCCAUAUUUACUCAUGACACCAGUAAGGAUUCUGUGGAGGUGCAGUGUGACCUGCUCGGAUGACUUGUUCGAAGACGUGUGUGCACGUGAUGGAUAACUUGCCCAAAUUGUACACGUGACCCCACUGAAUGUGCACAAUGAAUGGCAUCUCCUCUCAUGACGGGAACAUACGUCAGAGUGUAGUUGUGACAAGUGUUCCUGCUUACACUGGGGUAAAGUUGUUCAAAAGGCCUCUUAAGGUUGAUGUAGUGGAGAGCGGUCAACACGAACAUGUAUGUACACACUUUAACCCUAACAGUCCCAAAUCCUCCAAUUUCAAUACGAUUUUACAUACAAUCUUGGGGCUUCGGGUUAAUGCACCAACUUAAAUGUACGUAUGUACAUUUAAGUUGUAUGUAUUGUAUUUGUGGUUGACCCCACAGCGGUUGUAAGGGAAGUGAGAAAUUUCUAUUCAGUUUUAAAAUGUAGAAAUGGGACAGUGGAAAGUGUGGCAAGUGAUACAUUUAAAAUUACAGUACAACAAGAGGUCCUUCAGGCCACGUUGUAAGAGAAACCUUGUAUGAUCAGGAAUAAAAAUGACGACGAAAGACUGGGACUUGAAAAUGUCCUUGAUACGAGCAGAAUGUUGUAGUAACGAUGCUGUCAUUACCAAGGUUUGACUGCAUCAGAAACAUGAAAGGAGCUUGCCUACAAUGACACCAAUUUACAUGGAUGUAAUUGUAACAAGGACAUUUGGUUUAUUUUUGUACAUGUUUCACCUGUACAUACAUUUAUGUAGUUUCAGGAUCUGCCGCAUGUACAUUUGUAGUAUUAGGUAUUGUGUAUUUUUGGCUCGGGAUUUCAGGCUUGCAUUUUUAUAUUCAACUUAAUGUAAUUUUGGUUCUGCAUUUUAAAGUGUACUUUUUAAUAUUUAUUUUUCACCUUUAGCUGAGUUAAGUUUACAUGUAUAAUUUCAUAAUGAACUGCUCUAAAUUUGCUGGGAAGUUCUUUUGUAUCUAUGUUUUUAACUACAGUGUAGCAGGAUUCUUGAUGAAUUAAUUUUGUCUUCUGAAAAAAAGCAUACACACUUAUGAGGUAGCGGAAACAUUUUGCUUUUUUUCAGAACACUGGAGAUUGUCAUCUGGAAAUGUUUUAAUGGGUAAUCCGGUUGCCAUGGUUUUUGAUCAGUGCAUGACUCGGCACCGUUCUAGAUUGGCAGUUUUUGGGAGGAUUGGGGAGUGGGAACAUUGUCAAGGGGUAAAGUAUGGUAAAAGUCACAUCCUUUUGAAGUGCAUACUCUGCAGGACAAACUGUAAAUACGACUGUGCAUGGCUCUUUUGAAACAAGUAUUCACCCACAUGUAGAGAACGAUGGUUGUGUAUAAAUGUAACCAAACUGCUUGAGAACCGUUUGGAAAGCAAUGAGCAAGUCCUGUCUGAUAUUUUGUUCUAAAACAAACCUUGAAUGUACUCUAAAGUAACUCUUAUUCCUUGUUCUGCACCAACAACUUCCUGCAGAUAAGGUUGUUACAAGAUUGGGCCACGUUCAACAUUUAUACCGGUACAUGUACAUGUACAGAAUUCAAUUAAGUAAAACCUACACAUUUCUCCUACUUGUUAAGAUGUCAUUUAACAUGCAACGUUAAAGUAAUUGCUUGCUAUAAAUUUCUUAAUAUGCAAAUUUUGGAAUUCAAAGCUGUACUUCUAUGUAUUCAUCAUUUUAAACUUGUGCUUAAUUUGCUACACUAAGGGUUCUUAGAAGGCACAUCCUUUGGGCUGGAUAUCUCCACUUUCUAUGUUGAGUUUGGAUAUUCAGUUUUUAGUUCUGUGACAGACGGGCAGGAAUAAUGGAAAAUCUGCGACAAAAAUCUAACUUCUGUAUUUAUAUCUUUGUUGCAAUUUGGAUAUUGUUCUGUUUAUCAAGUGUGUCUGAAAUUUCUGAGCGUUGAGCAGAAAAGUUAAUGUGCUCUUUCAAAUAAAAUGGACAGUGCCAUCUCAAGUAGAAGGAGUAAAUUAUAUUUGCCAAAAUGGGAUACUUACUGUUCUGCACUAACUAUCAGGAAGGUAUGCAGAAACUGUAAUAUUAUCAAAUGUAAAAGCCUUUCUUUCCGCAGUCUUUUUGUUUGGGUUUCCAAGAAUUCAGUACACUCAAAAUUAGUUUCUUCUCAAUAUUCAAAGAUUUUUUUUCUUUUUUUUUUGCAAUUAAAAUGUAGCACAAAAUGUAAUGAUAAAUUCUGUUUCUCCUCACUUUUUGGCAAUGACUGCAGGUUGAAUAAACAGAAAAAAGCUGUGCAAAGUCCA